AUGGAUAGUGCUAUAAUUGAUAUAGUCUGGUGUGGCGCACAUAAUUAGUAUAAUGAACAUAGUAGAAGUAUUAUAUCAUUUAGAAACGUUAUUAGUACUAUAAAACAUUUUGAAAUAGAUUUAGAAGAUUUAUCAAAAUUUAUAAAUACAAUAAAGUAUUUUUAGAACCUGAAUUUAAUAGAUUACUGAUCAUCAUUAAUUACAUUACAUUAUACAAAUAAUAAUAAAAUGAAGAAUUAAUUAUUUUAAUGUUCAUAAGAUAUAACAAAGAUGAAAUAAUAAUAAAUAUGAUAAUUAGACAUUUGGUUCUGUCUUUGUAAAAUUUUCAAACAUAAUCAUUAUCUAAAUGUAUAAAUUAUUAUUCAAAUUUAUAAAAAUUUGCUGAAAUUGUUGAUAAAUAUUUUACAACUGAAAAUAAAUUGGUGAAUUAUUUAAACAUAAUCAUAUUUAAUACAUACCAAUUAAAAUUAUAGAAGGUUUAAGAGAAAACAUUUAAUAAUUAUAGAUAUUAGAAAAAUAUAUUAAAUAUUCAAAGAGAAAGAUAGAGAUUUUUAUUACAUAAAAUACCUUUAAAUAGAAGAGUUCAUUAUGAAUUAUGA